CUUCGCUAAAUACAUAAAAUAUAUACUCAAGUGUUAAUAUUUCUCGAUUCUUCUCAGUGCUCCAUGAAAAUAAUAGAAAUAGACUUGAAAAAUUUUAACAUUUUUAAACCACAAAGUUAAAUUAUGAAAGACUUGACUAAUUAAUAAUAUUUUUAUAUUGACGACAGCUUCAUUGAUAAGCUGGAAUAUUUAUUAAUACAGCUUAAUUGUUAAGCUGGAUAUUUAUUAAUAUAGCCUAGUGAUAGGCAUAAAUAUAUAUAUAUAUAUUUAUAUAGUACAAGUGCAUAAUAUCAUCUUACCUCAAUGGCGGAUAUCAGCGGGCUCGGUAUGAUGCCUUAUUACACUCCGUUCGCGAUGUACCGGCAACAACAACAGAUUGUUGGCCAACAACCAUUAGGGCAACAGAUGCAACAAACUCAAGUGCAACAGACGCAACAGCACGCGAGUAGUUCAUCUGUUGCCGACGGUGGCCAACAAUACUGGUACGGGUACCAUGGACAUCCGCACGGAGUACACCAUCAGGCUGCUGGACAGCAGUAUUUGGAUCCCGCGGAGGUUCUACCGAGCUGGUCACAUCAUGCUCACGCGUACACACACCUCCAAUACCAGCAUCAUCAGCCGGUGUACCAACAGUCGCAAGUAAGCGGAGUGACAGAUUGGACCGGCGAUGAAGCAAACACAGGGGUUGGAGCUGGAGAGACUAGUCCGCCAAACACCAUCAGCGGAAGCGAAAUGAGCAAUUCCAGCAAUCCAACUUCUCCACCGACUAAUAAUAGCAACAAUAGUAUUUCAUCUAACAACAGAAACAACAAUAGUAAUAAUAUGGGACACAAUAGCAAUGUGAGCAACACUAACACCAACGUGCACAACAACAGCACGACACCGAGACCAGCUCAGGUUAGAAGUCCAUACGAAUGGAUGAAGAAGACAUCAUAUCAGAGUCAGCCGAAUCCAGGAAAAACCAGAACAAAAGAUAAAUAUAGAGUGGUCUACACAGAUCAUCAGAGACUGGAGCUUGAGAAAGAAUUUCAUUAUAGUCGUUAUAUCACAAUCCGUCGUAAAGCCGAGCUUGCACUCAGUCUUUCACUCUCUGAACGACAAGUAAAGAUCUGGUUUCAAAAUCGUCGGGCAAAAGAACGCAAACAGAUGAAAAAACGGGAAGAAAUGGAGAGAGAAAGAGAGUUGAAGGCAGCAGAAAGUGUUACAAGCGCGAGCGGUGCAAUGGCGAGUCUAUCACUUGGAGGAAUGCUGGGUGGAUUGAUGCACAACGGUAACUCAUCGUCCCUGGGUCAUAGUUCACAGAUGUUUAGUUUGAACCACGCACCCCCUACGCUGCAGGCCACACAAACGCAAUCUAUGCCAAACAAUCUAUGACCUGAAUAUUCAGUAACUUGGUCCAAUCAUGACUGACCAUUUUUUUCCGUCAUAUGCAAUACAGAAAAAAUGAUAUUGAUAGAAUAAGAAAAAGAAAAAUAGAAAUAGAUAUAUAUUGUGAUAUAUGAUCUCACGAUAAUUUGAGGACUCGUGAAAAUCGCUUUCUAUAAUUACUCCUAUUAAUUAAUUAUAUCUUUUUCUUAGUUUAUAAUUAAAUAAUUUAUUACUUGAUUAUCGAUAGUUUAAGUUUAAAUAAGAUUGAUUCAAGGCUCCAUUAAACUUGAAUGUGUUAUAUAAAAAGAAAUUUGUAGCUAUAUGUUAAAG